AUGAGAGAGAGAGCGAGGUACUGGGCGCGGAAGUUGGAGUGUCCGGUUGAUGAGGAUGCGAAUUAUGAGAAUACAUAUUGGUGUAAUAGGGAUUUGAUUCCUAUUCCCGAGGACAGACGGACGUGGACUUGGCAAGGGUUUGCUGGAUAUUGGAUCAUCACAGGUGCUAAUAACUCGGCAUGGACUGCUGGCUCUACGCUUUUGGCGCUGGGACUAAGUGUUGGUCAAGCGAUGGGAGUUAUUGUCGGUGGCUCGUUUAUCAUCUCGAUGAUUGCUGUUGUGGCGGGCUGGAUGGGAUCGCAUGAUUACCUGGGGUUUACGGUCAUGUCGAGAGCGUCUUGGGGCAUGAUUGGUGGGUUCUGGCCGGUUUUGAAUCGCAUUGUUACUGCGUGUAUCUGGAUGGGAGUUCAAACAUACUGGGGUGGUCAAUCAGUCAAGAUCAUCCUAGGUGCAGUGAUUGGCCCUAAGUAUGCAUACAUGGAAAACACGCUGCCCGCGUCCGCCAAUGUCGAUACUUGCAGUCUCGUCAGCUUCUUCAUAUUCUUGGCUGUGUUUGCACCGUUACUCAUGAUCCCACCUGAGAAGUUGCAGCUUCCAUUGAAGAUCGCAUUCGUGAUGAUCGUCUGUAAUAUAUUCGGGAUGCUUAUUUGGUCUGUUAGAACUGCUCACGGUGCUGGAGAUCUUCUUGAAGCCCCUGCGACAGAGUCUGGAAGUGUUUUAAGCUGGAAUAUAGUUUAUGGAAUCCAAGCGAUCCUAGGAUUAUGGAGUGGUGGUAUCGUCGGACAAUCUGACUGGACUCGAUAUGCCAAAACACCCAAUGCAUCUCUUUUCGGACAAGGUGUUACCUGCCCCCUCACCAUCAUCGUAACAGCUCUAUGCGGUGUCAUAAUCACAUCCGCCACAAAUCAAAUCUACGGCGAAUACUUCUGGAAUCCAUUCGAACUCCUCCUCCACAUCCAAAAAGUCUCCCUCACACCAGCCGCACGAGCAGGAACCUUCUUCUCCGGCCUCGCCUUCCUCGCCUCCCAAAUGGCCCUCUGCAUCGUCCUCAACGCCAUCUCUACCGGCAUGGACAUGGCCGCUCUCUGUCCACGCUGGAUCAACAUCCGUCGCGGCUGCUACAUCCUUACUAUCAUCGCCAUCGCCAUCUGCCCCUGGAACUUCGUCAACAACGUUACGACUUUCAUCACGGUUCUUAGCGGCUGGUCGAUUUUCCUAUCUGGCAUGACCGGUAUUCUCAUCUUUGACUACUUCCUCGUGCGAAAGGGUCAGUUACACGUUGGUGAUCUGUAUAUGGCAGGUAAGGGUAGCGCGUAUUGGUACACCGCAGGCUUCAACUGGCGUGCGAUCGUCGCAUGGGUUAUGGGCGUUUGGCCACUCCUCCCUGGUUUCGUCCGUCGCGUCCGCACCACAAGCAACGGCAACGGUUGGGACCACGUCUACGACCUCUCCUACUUCUUCGGCUUCUUCGUCUCCGGCGUAGUGCACUGGGUAUUACACACGCUGUUCCCGACGCCGAAACAGACGGGUAGUAGUCCGUUUUUGAUGGAUCUCCACCGCACGCAGGAUGUGGUGGGUGUUUCCAGUAUUAAUGGGGUGGCGGGCGUGAGGAGUGUUAGUAGUGAGGAGGGUGGGAGUGUGGUGGGCGGGAAGGAGAAGGUUUAG